AUGCCACAUAUCAGUGCCCAUCUGAGCUGCCUUUCAAUGUCACCCAUCAGUACCAGUCAGUGCCACCUAUCAAUGCCAAUCAGUGCCAUCUCCAUCAGUGCCCAUCACUGCAGCCUCAUUAGCGCACAUCAGUGAAGGAGAAAAAUCACUUAUUUACAAAAUUGUAUAACAAAAACUAAGAAAAAACUUUUUUUUUUCAAAAUUUUCAGUGGUUUUUGGUUUGUUUAAGAAAAAAGAAAAAAUCCCAGAGGUGAUUAA